AUACCUGCAAAUCAUCCUAACCAGAAAGUCUCAACUCUGGCAGCUACUCAAGUAGAACGCUGUUUUGCAUUCACAUCCACUUGAGCCAACAUGAGAUCUCCACUUUGCCUCUACCAGUUUUGGGGACUGUUUUUUCACUGCUGUGGUGUACCCAAUUCUCAAAAGCAGUGGUUAAGCUCAUUGACCCCAACGUUUGCCCCAUUGACAGCAUCCAGAAACAACCCAUGGCUAGUGUCUAUGGCUGAAACAUGCCAGGGUGUUAUUCUGAGUCGGUGGUGGGUCCUCUCCACAGCCAGCUGUCUGAGUAAACUGAAACAUUUGCACUCUGACAUUUCAGGGAUCACUGACCAAGAAGAUUUCUUAAUUGGCAAAAAAAUAUGCCUGCACCCCAGUUUUGAUCCACAAGUUGGAAUGAAUCCAGUCAAAGGAGUUAUAGGAGUGGUCCUUCUGCAGUACCCUAUUAGAGGGGAAAAAAUACCACUUUAUCAGACUCACAACAUCUUCUGGAAGAGCUGUUAUAACUGCCAGUACAGACACUGCAGGGUAUACCAAUAUCAGAAGCACAAUAACUUUGGAACCAGUAUCAAAACGCUGUCAGUUAAACUGCUGGAUCUCUCAUUCUGCCACCAUCAACACAUCCACCUAACCAAAAGUAACAAUUUAUGCAUCUGGAGUCAGCCACAAGAAGACUGCUGGGUACAGCAGGGUAGUCCUGUUCUCUGCUUUUUUGGCAAACACUGGAAACUGGUGGGCUUGGUCAGUGAAUCCUCAAUGGCCUGUUAUGACCCUAUUCUUGUCAUCAAGACAGCUCCAUAUUUAUCUUGGAUGAAAUGGCUUAUCAAGACUUCCCAGAAGACACUGGAUCCUAUUUUUUCUCUACUCUGCAGUUUUACUCCAGGGUUAGAACAUGGUCCACAAGACAGGCUUAGCCUGAACAGGGAAACUGCCAUUUUGACCUCCCCUAGAUUCUCUCUACAGUCAAGGAAGAGAACAUUAGGCACUUUCCCACUGAACAGACAGCGCCGGAAUCCUCCUCCCAUAUUUUUUCAUUCAAAUAAUAGAGACUAUUUUCCAGGCAGUAGAGAGUUACAUCUUAAAACUAAUCAGCUCUCCUCACCUAGCCAAUUCCCAAUGAUACAAUCUUGGACAUCUCUUGGUACUAAACAGUGGGAUCCUUCUGAUAUGUCUGAACCCUGGAAUACCCCAACAGUUGAUACUUCUGAAAUUUUGGUUAUUUCUGGAACACCAAAGACUCCAACACCUGACAAAUCUAUACCCUGGGAACUUCUUCAGAAAAAUACAAUGAACUAUCAAUACCAAACUAUUACCAAUUCAGUAAAUUCUUGGGUUAAUCCUUUAGCUGGUAAAAUUGGGCUUCAUACACUGCCAUUAGUUAAUUCUUCUAUAUCCAGUGUUUUGUUUUCAAAUGGCAUAGAUGGAUCCCAACUUCUUUCUGGGGUUAAUACUGUACAGUCUCAAGUUCAAUCUAGUAGGUUUCCUUUUCAUGGUCAACUUCUAGCUAGACCCUGGCUGGAAAUUACCCCUGACAUUGCACCUUGGAAACAUAUUGUACCUGAUAAAACAGAAACAGUGAUGCAAAUCCAAUCUACUGAAGAGAAUGUUGGAAGCCAAAUACACCAUGUAGUUGAUAGAGUUCACACUGCUUUUAAACCAGUAACUUACAACUUGAAUGGAUGGGUUCCUUUAACAGCUAAUAAAAAUGAAUUCUGGACCCAUUCCACACUAAAUUCAUAUGGAUCUCUGUAUCCUACAGUAACUCUUACCUUGGAACCUUGGUUCAAGUCAGUCUUGAGUUUAGGUGGAUCCCAAGAACUUAUAGAAAAGACCAAUGAAUACUGGAGUCUUCCUGAAUCUAAGUCAGCUCAAUUAUGGACUUCCUCAGCACUUAAUAUUCCUUUUACCUGGAUUCCACCUUCAAGCAAUAAUAUUAAGUCUUGGGAAAAAUAUAAGACCAGUAUUAUCAAAGCAUCAAGUCAAAUGGAUAGAAUAAGUCCAUUGAUUGAACAUGAUGAGUCUAUUAUUGUCAAACCUCAGAUUCAAACUGCAGAUACAACAUGGUUUUUGAUACCUACUAUUACAAAUGUAAUUAAGCCUUUUGUUCAGUCUAAAGCUGUUACAAUUAGACCCUUGACUAAACCUGAAGCUGACAUAGUCCAAACCUGGACCCAGCCAGAAACCCAAACAAGAAAACAACUGACUCAGCUGAAAGCAGAUAAAAUCAGACCAUGGUUACAGACUAAAGCUGAAAAAAUAAGAUCCUGGAUUCAGCCUAAGUUUCAAAUAGUCAGAGCUAGAGCCCAGAAUGAAAAUGGUAAAGACAAAUAUUGGACCCCACCAGAAGCAGAUAUAAUUAGAUCCAUGACCCACACUGAAAUUAAAACAGUCAGACUUGAGAACAAGCCUAAAGGUGGUAUGGCCAGAUCCUGGUUAUGGACUAGAUCUAAUCAAAUGAGAACAAGUUCCCAGCCAGGCUUUCAAACACUUUACCCUUGGACUCAGCCUGAAGUUGACAUGAUAAGACCAUGGACUCAGUCUGAAGCUGGUAGCAUCCAACCAUGGAUGAAACCUGAAGCAUCAACAUUCAAAAUCUGGACACAAUCUAAAGUUAAUACAAUUACACCCUGGACAAGGCCUGAAGAUGAUGCAGCUAGACUUUGGUUGCAAAUACAAACCAAUACAGUCAGAACAUGGAGCCAACCUGAAUCUCAAACAACCAUUUCCUGGUCUGAGCUUGAAGCUGAUAGAGUCAGAUCUUGGUUUCAAACUUUAAUGCAUACAUUAAAACCUUGGAUUGAGACAGAAUUUCAGACAACUCACUUCUGGACCCAACCUGAAGGUGACAUAGCCAGGUUUUGGACUAAAUCUGAGGCUAACAAUGUCAGAAAUUGGUUCCAGACUCAAGUGGACACAGCCACAAUGUGGACAGAGUCAGUAUCCCAAGCAGCCCACCCAUGGAUACAGUCCAAAACAGAAAUAGUCAGGCCAUGGAACCAGCCUGUGGCAGACAAGUUAAGAGCCUGGAUACAUCAUGACAUUUAUACUGUAAGGCCCUGGGAUAAGCUUGAAGGUGAUAAAAUUAGAUUCUGGACACAGUCUGAAUCUGACACAAAUCCUUGGAUUCAGCCAGAUAUAGGUAUAAUCAAUUCUGGGACACAAAAUGAAGGGGAUACAUCGACACCAUGGGCAUGGGUGCAGGCUGAGACUCCAGAAGUUAAUCCUUGGGUACGGACUGAAACUGAAACAGUUAUAGUCUCAACCCAAGGAGAAGCUCCAGCAAUUAAUCAUAGGACAGAGGUUUUACCUGAUACUACAUGGGCAAAGACUGAAUUUCCAGGACAAAAGCUCUUGACGUAUCCUUUGUCUCAUACAGCUACACAGUUGACUCAGCCUGAACUGCCAGUGGCCAGUCUCUGGACACAACCUAUAGAUGAUACAGUUACUCAGUGGAACCAUGAUGAACCUUCAGAAACAAAUUCCUCAACAAAGACUAUAGUUGAUACAGCCAUGAGGACACAGGCUGAAUCUCCAGCAGUGAAUCCCGGGAUACAGUCUGAAAAUGAUACAGUCACAUCAUGGACCCCGGAUGAAUCCCUAGUCAUAAAUCCUUGGACAAACUCUAUAGGUGAUACAGUCACAAAGUGGGUCCAGAGUGAACCUUCAGAAGUACUUCCUUGGAUAAAAAUUGCAGCUGAUACACCAUGGAUGCAGGUGGAGUCCCCAGCACUAAACCCCUGGAUGCAGUCUGAAAGUGAUAUAGUCACACCAUGGAUACAGGUUGAAUCCCCAGCACUAAACCCCUGGAUGCAGUCUGAAAGUGGUAUAGUCAAGCCAUGGAUACAGGUUGAGUCCCCAGCAGUAAAUCCCUGGGUACUGUCUGAAACUAACACUGUCCUACUAUGGACUCAGGCUGAAUCUCCAGCAGUCAAUCCCUGGAUAUAUUCUAUAGCUGGGACAGGCACUCAGUGGACCCAAACUGAAUCUUUAGCAGUAAAUUCUUGGACACAGCCUGUAGCUGAUACAGUCACAGUGUGGACUCAGGAUGAGCCUCCAUUAUUACAUUCCUGGAAAAAGUCUAAAACCCAUACACUUACAACAUGGACUCUGACAGAAUCUUUAGCAGGAAAUUUCUGGAGACCAUAUGAAACUGAUAGUACCACAUUGUGGACCAACAAGGGAAAUCUAGAAAUAAAUCCUUGGGCACAAUCUGAAACUGAUGCAGUCACAGCGUGGACCCAGGCAGAAACUCCUGGAAUAAAUUCGUGGCCACAACCUAUAGCUGAAAUAAUUUCAUCAUGGACUCUGGCUGAUUCUCCAGCAGUAAAUCUCUGGGCAGAGACUGUGUCUGAUAGUGUUAUACUGUCGACCCAGGUUGAAUCUCCAGUAGUAAAUCCAUGGUCACAAUCUAUAGCUGAUGUGGACACACUGCGGACCCUGACUGAUUCCAUAGCAUUAAAUCCCUGGACAGAGCCUGUAACCGAUACUGUUAUACAGUGGACCCAGAGUGAACGUCCAGCAGUAAUUCAGUGGACAAAAAGUGUAUCCAGUACAGUCACAUCAUUUACUGGGGAUGAAUUUCCUGCAUUAGAGACCUGGAUAGACCCUUUGGCUGAUAUCACAUUGUGGACCCAGACUAAAACUCUAGUAGUAAAUCACUGGACAGAGACUGUAGCUUCCACUCUCACAUCAUGGACCCAGACAAAAUCACUGACAGUAAAUUCACUGACAGGGGUUGUAGCUGCCACAGUAAUACCAUGGAAUCAGGCUGAAUCUGCAGGAGUAAAUCCCUGGAUGGAUGCUGUAGCUUUCACAGUAUCACUGUUGACUCAUGAUCAGUCUCCAUCAGUGAAAACCUGGACAGAGGCUGUAGCUUUCACAAUCACACCACUAACUUAUGCUGAAUCUCUGGCAAUAAAGUCUAUGACAAAGGGAGUAUCUGAUGCAAUCAUACUGUGGAAUCAAGCUGAAUCACCUCUAGUAUAUCCUUGGACACAGUCUGAAACUGAUGCAAUCAUACAGUGGACUCAGGGUGAAUCUUUAAAAAUAAAUCCUUGGACAGAACCUGGCACGAUCACACCAUGGACUCGUGGUAAGUCCCUAGCAGUAAAUCCUUGGACAGAUGCUGCAGGUGACACAGUAACACCAAUUAACCUAGUUGAAUAUCCUUCAGUACAUCCCUGGACAACAUUUGAAAUGGAUAAUGUCACAUUCUGGACCCAGGCAAAUUCUGAAAUCAUAAAUCUCUUGACACAGACCAUAGGGGUUGAUAUAGUCACACUGUGGACCCAAGCUGAAUCUCCUGCAGUGAAUCCCUGGACACAGUCUGAAACUAACAUAGUCACACCAUGGACCCAGGCUGAAUUUGCUACAGUAAAUCUCUGGACCCAAGCCAAAACUAAUCUAGUCACACUGCAGACCCAUGGUAGAUACCCAGCAUUAAAUCCCUGGGCAGAUCCAGAAACUAACACAUUUAGAUCAUGGUCUCAGGUUGAGUCUUCAAGAGUAAAUCCAUGGACACAGUCUGAAACUGACACAGUCACAUCAUGGACCCAGCCUGAAUCUGCUACUAUAAAUCUCUGGACACAACCUGAAAAUGUUAUAGUCACACUGUGGAUCCAGGCUGAAUCUCUCGCAAUAAAUCCCUGGACACAGCCUGAAAAUAACUUAGUCACACCAUGGACCCAGAAUGAAUCGCCAGAAGAAAACACCUGGACACAGGCUUUUUCUGAAACAUUCUUACCAUGGACUAUGGGAUUUUUUCCAACCAUAAAGCCCUGGAUAGAUACUGUAUCUGUUAAAGUCAUACCAGGAACCAAAUAUCAAUUUUCAGAAGUAAAACUUUGGACACUGGAGUUGUCCAGAACUUUGGACACUGAGGUAGGUACAGUCAAAAUGUGGAUUCAGUCGGAAUCUCCACCCUUAAUUCCCUGGACAGAAGCUAUAGCUUCCAUACUCCCAUUGUGGACUCAGACUGAACAUCUAGCUGUAAAUCAAAACCCUAGAGCUGAUAGAGUCACAAAAUGGACACAGACUAAAUCUCCAUCAGUAAAUACUUGGACUCAGGUUCAGUUUCCAGCCAUAAAUCCAUGGUCACAGUCUGAAUCACCAGAAGUAAAUAUCUUGACAGAGUACAAAUCUCCAGCCCUAAACCCAUCAGUUGAGGGGAGUAUAGGUACAUUGUGGACUCAGACUGAAUCUCCAUUAGUAAAUCCUUGGAUAGAGCCUGUGGCGUCCAUAGUCAUUCCAUGGACACAAGCUGAAUAUCCAGCAGUAAGUUCAUUUACACAGACUGUAGCUGAUACAAUUAUACUGUGGGCUCAAGCUGAAUCUCUAGAAUUAAAUCCCUGGACAAAAUCUAUAGCAGAUACAGUCACAGUGUGGGUCCUGGAUGAAUCUUCAAGAACAAAACCUUGGACACAGAUGUUAGCUUCAUCAGACAAAAUUUGGACCCAAGCCAAAAUAGUAAAUCCAUGGUCUACUUUUGGAAUAUUUCCACAGUUCACCCAAAUUCAAUCUGUACUGGUUAAAACUGGAACACAAUUUGAGAGUGACACAGUCAUAGCAUUAACUCAGGGUCAGGCUCUUGCUCUGAAUCCCUGGACAGAGAUUGUGACUUCCAGAGACAUUCUAUGGACACAAGCUGUACAUCCAGCAGUAAAUCCCUGGACAGAGUCUAGUGCAUCCAGAUUCAUUCCAUGGACGCAGGCUGUGCCUCCAGCAGUAAAUCCUUGGACUGUCACUUCUACCCAAGCUGAAACUCCAGAAGUAAAUCCCUGGACAGAGGUUGUCACUUUUAGAGUCACUCCAUGGACCCAAGCUAUACCUAUAGCAAUAAAUAUCUGGACAGAAGCUUUCACUUCUAGAAUCAUUCCAUGGACGCAAGCUGUACCUCCAGCAGUAAAUCCCUGGAGAGAAGCUAUCACUUCCAGAGUCACUCCAUGGAACGAAAUUGUACCUCCAUCAAUCAAUCCCUGGACAGAGGCCAUCACUUCCAGAAUCACUUCAUGGACCCAAGUUGUACCUCCAGCAGUAAAACCCUGGACAGAGGCCAUCACUUCCAGAAUCACUCCAUGGACCCAAGUUGUACCUCCAGCAGUAAAUCCCUGGACAGAAGCCAUCACUUCCAGUGUCACUCCAUGGACCCAAACUGUACCUCCAGCAGUCAAUCCCUGGACAGAGGCCAUCACUUCCAGAGUCACUCCAUGGACCCAAGUUGUACCUCCAGCAGUAAAUCUCUGGACAGAGGCCAUCACUUCCAGAAUCACUUCAUGGACCCAAGCUGUACAUCCAGCAAAAAAUACCUGGACAGAGGCUGGGGCAUCCAGAUUCAUUCCAUGGACCCAAGCUGUAUCCCGAGCAUUAAAUCCCUGGAUAGAGGCUAUCACUUCCAGAGUUACAUCAUGGACCCAAGCUGUAACUCCAGCAGUAAAUCCCUGGACAGAGGCUGGUACAUCUAGAGUCACAUCAUGGAACCAAGGUAUGUUUCCAGUAAUAAAUCCGUGGACAGUGACGCUUGUUUCUACAGUCACACCAUGGACCCAGGUUUCCUAUCCACUAAAUCCUUUGACAGAGACUAAAGCUUCUACAGUGAGAAUAUGGGCUCAGAAUGAAUAUUCAUUAAUAAAAACCUGGACACAUUCUGCUAUUUCCACAGUUACAUCCUGGACUCAGGCUGAAUAUCAAGCAGUAAAUUCUUAUACACCAAGUAUAGCUGAUAUGGUCAUAUUUUGGACAAGGCUUAUAUCUGAGUCUAAGAAAUCCUGGAUUCUGCCUGAAGCUAGUAUAUUCAGUAUUUCAUUGCAUCCUCAAAAUGAUACUACUCAAUCCUUGAUUCAAAGUGAAAAUCAAACAUCUUUUCUAUCAACACAUCCUGGAAUUAAUAAUAUCAAUAUAUGGACUUUACUUGAAUUUGAAACACAGGUAUCAUGGAUAGUGCCUUUGUCUCAAGAAGCCAGACUCUCACCCCUAUCUGAAACUGAUAUUAGCAUAUAUUGGUUUAAAACUGAAACAGAGAGAGUAAGAACCUGGGACCACUCAGAAUUUCAAACAGUGAGUACUUUGAAACAGUUUGAAAUUGGUGGAUUUGAGCCCUUGGCCAAACAUGAAACUCCUGCAGUCAUAUCAUGGGUUCCAACUAAAAUUGGUGUAUUCCCGCUCUGGAAUAAGUCUGAAAGAGACAAAAUAAGAACCUGGACCCUUUCUGGAGAUGAUGUCUUGCCACCAUGGAGUCAGGUUGAAGCUAGUAUAUUCAGCCUCUGGAUCCAGUCUAAAAGUAAUACAAUCACACCCUGGACCCAGGCUGAGACUCAGUCAGUCAGUAUCUGGACUGAAGGAAAUUCAGGCACAUUUUGGCAUCUGAGUCAAAAUAAUGUAGUUAAGCCCUGGUCCCACCUUGAAUCUGAAAUGACAUCUUCCAGGAUUCAAAAUGGUAUAAAUAGUUCUUGGACUCAGUAUGAAACUAGUACCAUCAGAUCUUGGACCAAGCUUGAAAUUAGUACAGUGCAACCUUGGAAUCAAUUGGAAACUGUUACAAUUAGAUCAUGGACCCAGUCUGAAAAUGUAGAAAUAUACCCCCUUACCCAGAAAGAAGCUGGUACAGUAAUAAGACAUUGGUUCCAGACUCAAAUGGAUUCAAUAAAACCUUGGAACCAGGCUGAAACUAAUACAAUUAGAUCAUGGACUCAGACUGGAACUGAAACAAUCCAAAUUUGGACCCAGACAGAAAGGCAAAUAGUAAAACCUCCAACUUUAUCUGAGAUUGAUACAAUUACAUCUUGGUUACAGACUCAGAGUGAUACAAAUAGACCCUGGAUUAAAUCUGACUCCUUGUCUGCCAACCCCUGGAGUCAGGCUGAAGUUGGUACAAAUCACCCCUGGACUCAGCAGAGAGGUACUGUGAAUCAACCCUGGACCUACUCUGAAAUCCAGAAAGUCAGACCUUGGAUGAAGCUAGAAGCUGAUGCACUUAAAUCUUGGUUCUACAUGCAAAUGAAUAAAAUCAGACCAUGGACCAAUUCUGAAUCUCAGAUCUUCAGCUCCAGGUUGCAGCCUGAAGUUGGUAUGGUUCACCCUUGGAUCCAUCCUGAAACUCAAGCAGUCAGAUCCUGGGCCCAACCUGAAACUGCCACACUUUUAACAAAAGAACCUUCUCUGAUGACUGGAUCUCAAUCUGGAACCAAGUCAAAACAGCCUGAAGAAGAUCCUCUCAAGUAUUCGGAAUUCAAUGUUUCUUUGGCUGAAUGUCGCCUAAGUGUGGUCUGGAAAGAGAGUACCCAGGCUUUCUGGCUCUUCAAGACAGCUGUUAUUUCUCAUGAAGCCACAGAAUGUGGGUUACGACCUGGCCUUGUUCCCCACUGCCCCAACUGCUGGGAAGCUGAAUUGGGUGAAUUUCCUUGGAUGGUUUCUGUGCAACUCUCUUUCUCCCAUUUCUGUGCUGGCUCUAUACUGAAUGAACAGUGGAUCCUUACCUCAGCUAGAUGUGCAAAUUUCAUAAAAAACUCAGAAGCACUGGCCCUGGUCCAAGUGGGACUUAUUGAUCUUCAGGAGCCGGCUCAAGCUCAAACUGUAGGCAUUCAUCGUGCCAUGCCCUACCUAGGUCCCAAGGGACCUUUGGGUCCUGGGCUAAUCUUCCUGAAACAGCCACUACAUUUCCAACCACUGGUGCUUCCUAUUUGCCUAGAGGAGAACCUGGAGCAAGAGAAAAAUAUACAGCUGUAUGACUGCUGGCUACCCAGUUGGUCCCUCAUGAGAGGAAGUCCUGGAAUUCUGCAAAAAAGACACCUAAGCAUUCUGCAAGUCAGCACAUGUGCCCAGUUUUGGCCCAAGCUGAAUGAAUUCACUUUCUGUGUGGAAGCCAAGAAAGCUAUGGGCGAGGCUGGCUGUAAGGGUGACUUAGGGGCACCUCUGGUGUGCCAUCUACAACAAAAGGACACAUGGGUGCAGGUGGGAAUUUUGAGUCACUUCGAUGAACAUUGCACAAAGCCCUAUGUCUUCAGCCAAGUGAGCCCAUUCCUUUUUUGGCUUCAAGGAGUUACACGACCCAGCCAUGCACCAUGGUCACAGCAAGGGACCAUGACUACCUCUGCUUCCAUCUCCUUUUCAGUCUCUACUUCAAUGAAUGCCUCGGCUUUUACUGCCACUCCUGCUUCUAUUCAGCCUCAGUUCAUCUCUCUGCCGCAGCCUCAGACUUUAGCAGAUCGAAUUUCUCUACGAUAUACCAUGCCUUGGCAAGCCAUGAUCAUCAGCUGUGGCAGUCAAAUUUGCAGCGGUUCCAUUGUUAGCAGCUCUUGGGUUCUCACUGCUGCCCAUUGUGUCAGAAACAUGAAUCCUGAAGAUACUGCUGUAAUAUUGGGCCUGAAGCACCCUGGAGCAUCUCUGAGAGUUGUUAAGGUGUCUAACAUUCUACUGCAUGAGAGAUUUCGGUUGGUGAGUGGGGCAGCAAGAAAUGAUCUAGCACUGCUGCUCCUUCAAGAGGUCCAGACUCCCAUUCAGCUCUUAGCACCCCUGGGACAUCUAAAGAACUUCAAUAGCUCAGAAUGCUGGCUUUCUGGGCCAAGAGUUCUCAAACCAGGAGAGACUGAUGAGGAUCCAGAAAUGUUACAGAUGCAGGUGAUGGGAGCUUCAAGUUGUGCCCACCUCUACCCUGACAUUGGCAGUUCUAUUAUCUGCUUCAUUACUCAGGCGAAAGGCUUAGAUACAAAUGUGGAACCUGUGACUCCUGGAAGUGCUGUUAUGUGCAGACCAGUGUCUGGAAAUGGCAGCUGGAGACAGAUAGGCCUUACCAGUCUAAAGGCACUUGCUACCAUUGUCAGCCCACACUUUUCCUGGAUAUUAUCCACAUCAGCAAAAGCAGGUCAUCCCCUAAACCAGGCAGUCAUGCCUUGGGUGGAAAAGCCAAAGUCAUCCAGUCUUCAUAAACAGGCAACAACACUACCACUUUCAUCAUUAAUGAUUCUUGCAAUGCAGAGUCUGUUGUAAACCAGUGGUUGUCCUGAACACUACUACUCCAGUCACAUUGUGAUUUAAAAAAGAGAUAAGAACAUAAAUUAAAACAAACCAGUUGAAUUAAGACUCUAGGUUCUCCACAGUUAUUCCUUAUAAAAGCAUCUAUUCUAUUAAAAUAAGAGUCUACCGAGUUUAACAAUUUGAAAUUUCAAAAAUUUAGAACUGUCCAAAAUGACAUUUGUAUAAUAGUGAAUAAGGUAAUAAAAAAAUAAAUUUCAUCAACAAACACACACAUAUUAUAUUCUCACUAUGUAUGACUUUAGGGGGCCCAUGUACUCCAAAACAUAUACAAAUAAACCUAUUCUAUUUGUUAAGAAUAAAGAGUAUUUUAUAAUUUCAAGCA